UUUGAAAUUUGUGUUUGUUUGGUAUUUUGGUAAACGUAAACAAAAAUCCAUUUAUUGGAAAAAUUCAAAAAAUUAUAAUUUGUGCAAUUAAUUCUCAAAUUAGGUCGAUUUGAAAAGAACAACCGGACUUUAAUUAUUUCUUCAAAGAGGAAUUACUCAAACAUCUGAAACAUGGGCCCAACUAGUUCUACCUUCAAAUUCCUGAAAGAAUUCGAUUUGGAGGAAAACUCCUUAAAUGGUUUACAAAUUAAGAACGUAUACAUUCCAGAAGAAAUUAUUUCAAAUAUUUUCACCUACUUAAGCCCCUCGGAUAUUCUAAACUGUUCCUCAGUAUGCAAACGUUGGUUCAAUAUUGCCAAAUCGAACGCUUUAUGGCACACAAUAUACAAUGAAAAAGAAUAUCCUAAAAAGGCCAAGCAUCUGCCAUGGUACGUUUUUUACUUGUAUUUCGCAACGGAUAACUUCAAGAAUUUGAUUGAAAACGGAAACGGCCAGGAUGGCUUCAAAAACUGGACGAUUGUUUAUAAUGGUGGUGAUAAAUUCCGAGUGGAAAAGAUACCAGUAGGUAGCGAUCCUCUUCCAGAAGGUAUACCAGACUUUAGAGGAAAACAAAGUUGUUUUGCUACAUCAUUCGAAAUUUCUAGUAAAUAUCAGGUGGUUGACUUGAAAGAGAAGAAUUUACUAAAGUACAUAAUCAGAAAAUACAAACCCGCUCUGUAUGCAAGCGAAUGGUUCGCAGGUCGCUUUGAUUGUGGGUGUUUUUAUAAAUUAAACAUUUUAUGCAAUAAGAACCAUAUUCAGCCAAGUCCUACAAUGAUCCCGGAUCCUGUUCGUGCGUAUAUAUUAGCAGCAUCUAUUGAGAAACCAGAUCCAGCUUCUUAUAGCCUAUCCGUCGAAAAAAAAAUUGAACAGUGGGCUGGAAGGGCUUGGGAAAAGGUUGAAAUUUUGUCCAAGGACUACCCAGAAGAUAUAGCCAACAUUUAUUUCUGCCACGAAGGAAGAGACACAAUGUUUUGGAGCGGCCAUUAUGGUAGUAAAAUGGCUGGCGGCGUACUUAGGUUCGAUUUCGAUUCGAUUUUACCGACAGACGACGAUGUUAGUGAUAAUGAGGACGACCUAAGUAAUUAAAUAAGUUCAAAUUCGGCUUAAGUAUUAUGUAUUCAGUUUUUUUUUUAAAAUAAAUAAUAAAAGUGGGUUUAGCCAACUCUUAAUGCACAUUAUACAACGCAUAGUGGAUAGUGGAUAAUUUAGUGUAUAAUGCGUAAUUCACAAAGUUGGUUAACUUUUAACUUUUACGCAGUAUUCAUUAUGCAUUGUGCACAAAACACGUAGGCGCACAUUAAUUGAUUAUUUUCAACUUUGUAUUUGCUUUGGUUUGCUUUAUAAACUCAAAAUCUUGUCUGAUUUCUUGUUGUUUUCAAUGGUUUUUGAUCUAAAAUCAAGUUUUUCCGUUUUAAAUAAUACAGAUGGGGUUUUCCGAAGAAUAUAAAGCAUUAUUUAUUUCAUUUUUUAAUAUUUCAUGAAAAAUAACAAGUGUCAAUCUCAACUGACUUGUCAAAUUCUUACUGCACAAAAAUUAUGCGUUGUAUAAACACCUCUUUUCUCUUAUGCAUUACGCGUUAUGAAAUACACAUUAUCAAUUAUGAAUUAAAAUUGUGCAUUAUCCAUUAAUGAGUUGGCUAAACCCAGGUUAACACAAAAUUAGCUUGCAAAUAAAUUUGUGAUAUGAGCUGUGAAUGUUGUAAAUAAAUAAAUAAAUAUUUAAUAUUUCUUAUUGACAUUUCGAUUCAAAAUGUAAUAAGUCUAAAAUAAGCAUAAUAUGACUGACAAUUAGAUAUUCUGCUUGAGGUAAUUAGCAUUUAAGCCAAUAUUAAUAAUUGAGCCAAAGAAGGUGGCCUUAUUUUUACUUGUUAAUGUUGAAACAAUUGUUCCAUAUACAAUUUUUGUUUGUGUUAAAAACAGUAUUGUACCCACAUACAGGGAAUAUAACGGCACUUUUGUGGGUAUGUAUUUAAAAAAUAAAUUAAAUAAUUUUUUCUAUUUUGGUGUCAUAUCGAAGUCUUUUCGACACUAAAAGUAGUUUCGAAAAGAAGCUCUUUGUGACACUCCUUUUUUACUUAUUGGAGGUUGGUAACACUGACUGAUUGAUGGCCAUCGAACUGUCAUUCGCGAUUUUAUAAUAGAAGAUUUCUAUAUUUGGCAUGUAGUAUUACCAACCUAAACAUAUGAAAUCAGGAAAUAUGAGAAUAAAAUUUCCAAGAAAAAUUUGUUUUUUUCA